UUCAAUUGAAGGCUCAUUCAGUCCGCAGGAAGCAGCCGGCGAACGCGUAUCGCCGCAGAACCUCAGUCCCCCAGCCAGAACCAGAGCAGCGCGAAAACUCUAUCGCCCCGAGGUGUGCGUUCUUAUCGCCCCCCAGAGGUUGCACAAUCCCCAAGAAGAAGUCAGGAAAGCGAUUCGAAACUCUACCUCAAGCCCAACACGAUGGCAGCCAUGGGCAAUGGGUUUGCCAAGUGCUUCAUCCUCUUCAUGGCAAUUGUCAUACUGGUUCAGGGAGUCGUCUAUCUGGGCCUGUCCAUUUGGGGCAUUACCUUCCGCGAGUGCCACGACGUGGAGGAGUUUAGCGCGAAUCCCUUCAAGUUUGCCAUGGAAUUGAUCUACUUCUCAGAACAGGAAUGCGGCGAUCCAGAGAUAAUGAUGAACAGCCAGAAAAUUACGCUGGACAUGGACUGGCCCAAGUCGUACGAAGUGACGCACAGGGAGUACAUCUUCAUGAUCACCUAUGCGGUGGUCAGUGGCCUCUGGAUAGCCACCUCCUUGUUGAUCAUCUUCACGCUGUGCAGUCGCACCACGAAGCUCAUCGCUGGCGCCGCCUACUGGCCCUGGUUCCUGGCCGUCAUCGCUGGCAGCAUCCUGGACGUGGUGGCCACCGUCUAUCACGGCAUUGAUCUCAGCCACACAAUGUCGCUGAAUGAUGCCUUCGAUUAUAUUGGAGCUCAAGUGGAUCAGACCACGGAGUCCACUGUGGUGGAGAUUAUCAAUUCGAUGCUGGAGCCCUUCGGUGUGUACUUCUCGACGCCGUCGAUUCUGCUGCUGUGCCUCAGCUGCCGCUUGGUGCUCAUCUGGCUGCUGAACAUCAUCGGCGCGAGUUUCUGUCUGUCCAUUUCGGGCAUUAUGGCGCGGAACAACUCCAAGGCGGCUGCUGUGACCAGAAGCCAAGCGCCGACGCGUCAGCCCACACCUCUGCCCGUGGCCGCAGCCGUGAUGUUGGAGACCAUCGAGCCUGAGCCUCAGCAGCAGUACCAAAUGGAAACGCAGUACCCGGAGCAGAUCCGCCCCAAACCGCUGCCGAUCUUCGUUCCCUCGGAGCAGAUGCAGCGCCAGGACUCGCAGCAGUACAGGGCCGGAGAUCGCACCACAUUGCAGUCGCCAGUGAUGGUGCUGCCACCGCAACAGCCACAGCAGCAGCAGCAGCAGCAGCAGCAGGAGCCAUCAGCUCCGCAGCAGACACCGCCACGAGAGGUGGCGCCGGAUAUCAACACUUAUCGCACCACCGAGGCUCAUCCUGAUCGCCUCAACUAUCCACCGGUGGAGUCUCCACUGCCGCGUGCCGCCUCUCCAGCAGUGCAGCAGCUGGCAGUCAACUCGGCACUCAACAAUCGCUACAGCGAGAUGUAUCCAGCGCAGCCGGCCAAUCCGCGCGUGAGCGAGGAGCUGCGCAACCAGAUGCCCUGGUCGUACACGAGCAUGGUGACAAAGCCACCGCCGCCACCGCGCAAGCCCCAGCUGCAGGUCCAGAUCUACCCGCAGAUACCGGAGCCCGACUACGCGGAGCACUAGACCGAGCGGAGGGAGCAGCUCAAAGCUGAUUGCGGAUUAAUCAGCCUGGAUGCGUGACGCUGUUGUGACAUGUUUUGUGUUAUUGUUACCUUUAUUACAUAAAGCUAAAGCUGAUGGCCAAU